AUGAAGGAGACCACGGCGGUGGUCCCGGACGUCGGCGGAGAGCAGUUCUACACGGCCUCCGCGGACAAGUCCCUGAAGAUCUGGGAUCUGAAGACGCGAAGGUGCAUGGAGACCUUGCUGGGCCACGUGGAUGCGGUGACCUCUUUGGACCUCCUUGUCAAGGGCAAGCCUCUCUCCGGGGGUGCGGACAAGUCGGUUCGAUUCUGGAAGGUGGACAAGGGCACCCACCUCAUGUUCACCAGGCAUACUUACGCCGUCGAUGCCGUGUGCGUGCUGGACUCUGAGCAGUUCGCUUCGGGUGGGCAGGAUGGGAACAUCAUGGUGUGGUCCAGUGCUUCCAAGAAGCCAGUGGCCACGACCUGUCUAGGAGAUGGCAAGUGGGUAUCGUCCCUCGCGGCCAUGCAGCGGGCAAACGUGAUUUUCUCUGGCGGGGUCGACGGCACUUUGCGGACUUGGCGGUGCGGCAAAGCCACCAGCACUGAGACCAGCUGCCCGGGUUGCGGCAACGUGUACCUGGAAGACGCGCGGUUCUGCCGGAAGUGCGGACGCAAGCGCGACGAGGGCGAGAAGAAGGGAGGGGUCCAGCUCCUUCCCGCAGCGGGGCCAGUUCAAGCCCCUGGCUGCAUCAACGACAUUGCCGUGGGGAAGCGCUUCCUCGCUUUGGCAGUCGGAAAGGAACACAAGUUCGGGCGUUGGUUCUACGACCGCAAGGAGAAGAAUGGGGUCCUCCUAGUGCCUCUCAGCUACAAGGAAGGCUGA